UAGUUGGAAAGGAAAAAGAAAGCUAUUUGAAUCAGCUUCCUCUUGGCUUUAGAACGACUUCCAUUCCACCAACUCAAUCUGGGGAGUGCAAAUAAAUAUACAAAGAACACUAUCAGUUCACUAUUUUAUAAUAACCUUUUAUCAUUUUGAUUGAAUGCUUCAAAUUAACUUUAUCAGUUUGAGUUCAAGUAUGCUCCUGUAACUACACAGGAAGUAAGUAGAGUUGUGCUUCUCUCGUUAGGGUCUUUGUUUUAAACCGCCAAAUUCUGAUCCCGCAUAGUAGGGUGGUGUUGUGCUCAGUUUACCAGUAAACCGUUGUCAGGGUACCUGUAACUGGUAGGUGGACGGAAAAACAAUGUGGAACGACGUUGAACUUCUAACCAAUGAGGAUACCAACACAGGUCGCCUUUGCAAUGUUCGAGAGGAGAAUAGUGGUUUGUACCAAGUGGAUACUUUGGUCAAAAUUGCCUCACCUGAAAAGGUGUUGUCAGAUCCUCAGCUUUACUCCUCCAGCAGUUCAAACUGCAGCAUUGUUGUUGCUGAUUCAACUGUUAUCCUGUUCGACCUCAGCUAUCAGACUAUCUUGCUGCAUCUCGACUUUGACUCUGAUGUGGAUACUGUGGAUGAUUGUCUGGACGGACAGUUUCUGGUGGUUUGCGAGAGAAACGGAAACCUCCAUCUUAUCUAUGUGCCUCAAAAGAGCACUCUUCUCACCAGAGCUAUGCUGAAGAAUGUCCCCUCUGGAAAUGAGAAAACAUAUCGACAUCUUAUCCUACAGGAGGAUAAGACAUCUUUAGGGAUGUACCACCUGUUCCUUCUUACUCAAGAUGGAUUUUUUCACAUCACAAACCUUGCCCUGGAGAAGAUUCAAAGAGCUAUUGAGAAAAUGGACAUUGGGGCUUUGAAAGAGCUUCAGUCUCUAAUUAAGACAGACUUCUGUUCCACCAAGGAGAUCCAUGGAGGGGGAUGUAACACAGCAGUGAUGUGUAACCUUGGCAAUGAAAUCCACCUCAUGAUUGGGGCGGACGGGGAAGCUGUUCUAACCCACUGGAGAUUGGAUCAUAGUCAGGGAACAAUGUCUCUCUGUCAGUCCCUGGACUCCAGCCUAAUACCAGGGGUGAGAAAGAUUCUGGUGGUGGACAAUCUCAUGUAUGUUCUUAGCGCAGAGAACAUUCUGAGUCUUUGGGACCUGCAUUUCCUGGUGAUGGUGAGCUGCUGGCGUGACCUCUCCAUCCAUGAUUUCCUACUCAUCACAGAGUGUGACUCUGCUUCAAUAGCCACGCAAGAAAGUGCCAGCACAAAAAUCAUUACAUUGACCAUGCAAGACAAAAGCCAGAUGAAGAGCCUGCAGGUGCGCUCUCUUCCCUCCAUGACUGUCCUCUAUUCUCUGGAGGUCUCCUCUACAGCCUGCCUGGUCCAGACAAGAAUAAGCACGGACACUAUAUAUUUACUAGAGGGGAUUUACGAGAAUUCACAAAACUCUGAGGAGCAUAUAUCCUCUGUCGUCAUGAGAUGCUUCACAGAGGCUUUGCCUGAGAACAGACUCAGCAGACUUCUCUACAAACACAAAUUUGAGGAGGCAGAAAAGUUUGCCAUAGCAUUUGAGCUUGAUGUUGAGCUUGUCUAUAAGGUGAAGCUGGAUUUUGUGCUGGAGCAGCUGGCGUCAGCCUCUGUGGGUGGCUAUGGGCAGGACGUAUGGUCUGACCUGGUGGAGGAGGCCAAGACCAACCUGAUGAAGAUCAUGGAUGUGCAGUAUGUGGUGGAGUACUGUCUCAAGGCUCCGUGGCCGACCUUUGACACUGCAGAGAAGAUGCUGAACCAUGCUGCCUCCCGCUGCCCCUCCUCACAGAUCCAGGAGGCUCUGGCCAGACUCGCCACCUUCUGCUGUCUCCACAGCCUGGACAAGUUCAAUGGGAUCUCCUGGAUUGAGUUUCUGAACAUCACAGACUACGUUGGGGACAUGCUGUCCCACUUGAGAGAUGGAGACCUGAAGGGGGCCCAGCACCUUUGGCUUAGACAUGAGGGAGAGAUUGCAGUGCAGUUUGAUGAGAGAGGUCUUGAUGCUCUGCUCAGCUCCAUUCCAGAAGACCUUCCAUCUCAGGACCUCUGUCUCUGGCUUAGGAGUGUCAUUGUUCCCUUUGUAAGGAGAGUGGUACCUAGAGGACAGAAAAUCCUUGCGAUGUGGUUGGAGCAGAGGGCCAGGAUUCUGGAGUUAACAGAAAAGGGAGACUGGCCCCAGAAUGGACUGAACUUGGCAGAACUUGGGUUGCCCUCGUUAUGGAUGUGGAUACCUUCUGAGGAUGACUAUGGUUCAGAGGAAGUGGAGCACCUCAAGUCCCUGGUCUCUAAUCUCCGCCAGCUGCUGGACCUCUACAACAAGUACAACUGCAGGCUCUCCCUGUCAGUCUUCGAGAAGGCAAGUAUCCGCAGCGUAGCAUUUCUCAUGCUGGAUAAGGUGCCUGCCCCAGAGCUGAUCCCUGCCACGGUGGAGGGCAGUGUCAGGCCCUACAGCCUGGAGCACCAGCUGCCCCUGGAUGAGCUGCUGCUUCAGUAUAUCAAGGAUCUGCUGGAGCGCUGCAGCUCCCAGACCACUACGUUGUUCACAGAGUGGGAGGCCAAAGCUGUGGCUGUGCUAGGCUGCAUCACGGACACUGACCUGGUGGUAGACGCUGUGCUGGAGAUCAUGCAGAAGGCCGUGGUGCCCUGGACUGAGGUAGUGGAGAGGCUGGUCCAACAGCACCUGGAGAUGAUGGGACCCAAGCAGGAGCUUCUGAAGGAAAGCUUCCGUCUGAUGGAGAUGAGGAAGCUGCUCAGAGGCUACGGGAUCCGCAACUUCAACCUCUCCAACAACACUCAAAUCAUGACACUGGUGAGGUACAUCCUCAAGCAGGACCUCCCCACCUCCCUGGAGGACUCUCUGAAGCUGGCUGGGGCCUACAAACUCCCCACCUCCCAGAUACACAUCUUAUACCUCAUCCAGCUGAUUAGCCAGAGCAAGAGCGAGCCAUGUGUGACACUCCUGAAAAAGCUCGCCCCCGAGGAGGCAGAGUGUGUGAUCGAGAGGCUGGCUAACUGGGCACGACUGGAGCUGCAGGACAAAGACCAUGUGUCUGAGGAGCACAAGAAGCACCAGAUGGUCAUAGCACAAGUGAUGGUGGAGGCACUGACGUUCUUACAGAGGAUCCAGAAAGGGGAUGCCUUUAAAAGUGUGGAUUGCGAGAACAAUCUGAUGAUGUUUAAGGCAAUUGCUCACCUACAGGAGGACUUUGACAUCUUCCUCACCCCUAACAACUAUGAGGACCCCAAGGUGCGAAAGCAGUUCCAGGAGUAUCACAUCACAGCCUAUGAGAACACCCGUGCUCGAGGUCCCUCCAAGAGCAAGGUCACAGCCACCCCUAUGGUGGCCAACGACCCUGACGGCAAGACCAAGAACAUCUCUACUGAGGCUGGCCUCCGCCGCUUGGCACGGCAGCUCCAGCGCACGGAGCAGGAGCUGUGGGCUGACUUGGCCCUACGUGCCCUGGGGGUCGGCAAGGUCGACAAGGCCCUCAAGAUCCUCAGUGAGCUGUAUAAGCACCAUGGUACCACCAGCACAGGGAAGGUGCUUUUCAGUGCUGCCCAGAAGCUGUGCCAGAUGCUGGAGGCAGAUGUGCCCAUGAUCCUCCCUGAAGGGGUGGACCUCCCAGCAGUCAUCCACAAGCUGGCCUGCCAGGCCGUCACUGUCUGCCACUCAGACCUGCUCCUGGACUGUGUGGAGCUGUGUAAGAGCACACGGGCUGCCAUGGAUGUCUACCACCAGUGUCAGCUGUCAGACAACUAUGGCUUCAUAGCAAAGGAUUUGUCCCUGGCGGCUGAAAGAGACCCGUACUCCCAGUGGAGCUUCCAGGAUGUCUUUAAAGAGGACUGCAUCAUCCUGGACCCCGUGUCUGUCCUGCCAGUCCAGUAUGAGAUCACCAACUGUCUGCUGCCCUUCUCCUCAGAUAGAAAGCUUUACCCAUUGGACUGCUCCUGUCUUUCUCACUGCUCUUUCCAACAAGAUGCCAACUUCCUGAACCCGCUACUGGUGCCCCUGGCCUCCAUGCAUCAGAUGCUGCAGGAGUGUAGUCAAUUGGAGCUGGCCCUCAGACUGCUGGUCAACUCCUUUGGCAGCUGUCUGCAGCACGUCACCUCCAACAUCAUGAACAUCAAGCUCGGCAUUCAGCUCUAUGGCCCGCAGGCCCUGCAAAAAUAUAAGGCGUGCUUGAGUGAUUUGAGAACAACUACUCUGUCCUCUAUCAAUGCUGUUGCAGUUGCCCUCCUGCACAAGGUGUUUAACUGGAGAGUGGUGGAUUGUGACCUGGCUAUUGGACUCUGCACUCUCCUGUCCAAAUCCGAGGUGUUUAAGAUACUGUGGAAGGUGAUCGACAAUACUUGGCAAAACUAUGAUAAGAUCUUGGCUGUGGCUAUGGUGGGGGCCCAUCUCUGUAACUUGUACAGCGAGCAGGAGGAGCGGAAGAAGUUUCUCUCGGUCAUCACCGACGCAGAGUGGGGAAUCGAGCUGGGCAAAUUAGGGAUAUCCAUCCAGUCUGUGUUUCGUCAGUGUCCAGAGAUGAAGAGUAACCUCAUCCCUACCCUGGUGAAGAACAAGAACACCACCCCUGAGAUUAUCCUCCAGUACUGCAGCACCUUUGGUCUGAACAGAGACGAAGUGAUAAACCAGUACAUCACCACCCUGCUGCUGCUGCAGGAGGAGGAGGAGGAAGAGGCGGCAGGAGACCCUGGGGCGGGCCAGGGGGAGGAGCAGCCUCUAGGGCAUGCAGACGCCCUGGAGAGAGCUCUGCAGAUCAUCCCUAUGCUGCACAGCACAAGAAACCUCACCAUCAGCCUCAGUGCUGCCAUACUCAAGCUAAGCCCAUAUAACUAUGAGAGGAUUGAGGGGGUGCUCAGGAUCAUACAGACAGCUGAUGAGCAGAUCACCAGCAUCUCAAUCAGUCAGGCAAUAGGUCUGCUCCAGCACCUGAAGUCCUACAAGCGCAUCUCUCCCCCUACAGACCUGGAGAGCAACCACCUUCUGGAGAAUGGCCUGGAACCCUCGGCCCUGGCCAACAUCAGACUGCCUUUCCACCUGCUCAUGCAGACCACCAGCUACUGGAAGAUCAUCUCUCCAGAGCUCAGUGAGGAGACCUUUCCUACUCUGCUUCUGAUAAGCAAGCUGAUGAAGGUGAGCGUUGACAAGCUGUACAUGUCAGCAGUGAAUCAUGUGUUUGAGAGGAGUAUGAAGCCCUUACUCCUUGAGCAACAUAAGAGGAGGCAAAAACACACCUCCAGCAAGGAGACCUUCAAGGUGGCUAAGACCAUCAUGGGGUACAUCCACUGCAUCCAGAACCCAGAGUGGGCCGCUGCCACAGCCCAUAAAAUUGCUCAGGAGCUGCCUCCAGGCACUGAGAAGACCCAGUCAUUAAAGUUCUGCCUAGCUCUUGGUGACGCAUGGCUGAAGGACCCAAAACUUGAGGAGGCAGCGCGGACCAGGGUGGAGACCUUCCUGUCCAAGCUGAAGCUGCAGUUCCAGCGCUCGGCCACAGAGAACGUCCUGAUGUCCAGCCAGCUGAACAGCCCAGAGCACCUAAAGCUGACAGGGCAGCCCGCCCGCCUCAUCGUCAUCCUUUACGAACACAGCAGUGUAGAGCAACGCUUCAGGGGCUCUGCUGGCCAAACCCACCCUGACAUUCACGCUGUAUGCAAAGAAAUAGCAGCCAUCAAUAGUGUGGAUUUUCUGAAGAUCAGAAGCAUGCUGCUGGAGAAAUGGAUCUGCAAAACCGGCCCAGCUGCAGCCAAGGACAUCAACAACCAAGAUUGUGUCAAUGACAUUCAGGAGGAUUCAGAUCUUAUGAGGGUGGUGUACCUACUGCAGAUCUAUUCCAUGGAUGUGGGAGUCUGUCUGUUGAGCCCUAUCCUCUCAGCAGAAACAUGGCCCCUCAGCAGUUCUGGGCCACGUCUUACUUUCUGCCACCGGAGUCGGGCCCUGCUUUGUCUCAUCCACAUCGCUGACCCCACCACCCUGGAAACACAGCUACACAUCCCCAAGACACAAGUCCAGUAUUACCUGAAGUGCUACAUCUACCUGUCUCAGCUGGAGGACCUAAACAUCCCUUACACAGUGGAGUCAUUCCUCAACAGUCCCAAAGAGGGCAUGGUCAAGGGACUGUGGAAGAAUCACAGUCAUGAGCCACAGGCUGUGCGUCUGGUGGCAGACCUUAGCCUGGAGUACCAGGUGUUUGACCCUCAGCUGUGGAAUGGGUUACUGCAGAAACUACUGGGCUUCAACAUGAUAAGCGACUUGCAAAAGGUAUUGGAGGCACUGGGAGCUGUCCCCUCUCUUUGGCAGGUCUCCAGUUUUUCCAGGACCUGGAGAAGUAUGAUCCUGGCCCCAUUUGUAUCAGCGUCUCUUCCUCUGAGCCCCCAACAGCAGGCAACCCUCUACAGGACCUUUGUUCUCCUCCUUAAGUGCCCGUUCCUGUUGAAUCUGGACCUGAUAGGCAUCGCCAAUCGCUUUGCCCAGUUCAGUCUGCCAGGCUUUGCACUAGGUGCCCUCCUGCUCAUCCCCUGUGCCAAGAGGAAGGGACAGCAGAUUCAGGGCCUCCUGUCAGCAUGUAACCCCAUCACCAUCCUGGAGCAAUUGGAUGAGCAUAUGAACACUGGGGAGUUGGCAGGGGUUCCUUCACAGAUAAGGGACACCGUCUUGACGUUCAUUUGCCAAAACAGGCAGUACCAGAAGCUGUGGAAGACCAAGCACUUUAAUCUUCUCAAGCAACACAUUGUGUCAAGUGGUGACUGCAACCAGGUGAAGAACCUGGUAGAUUAUUUGAUCUCCCACAGCUGUGAGGAGGAUGCCAACUCCCUGGCCCAUGAGUAUCUGAAACACAGGGAGCGUAAAGGGAAACUAAUACUAGACAUGUCCCCUGCAUCCAGUGCCCUGAAGAAGUUUCUCAGCAUCGAUAUAGAUAAGUAAAUGGUGUGGAUAUGAACAGGAUGAAGAACACAUAUGGGACAUAAAAUAUAUUCACAGAAUGUUUAUUCAAAUGUGUCUGUCUUUGGGCUAGAAAUGCAAUGUUUGCACUUACUGUCUCCUUACUCAAACUAUUCGCAUGUAAUAUUCACUAUCUAUUUUAUAAAUAACUACACACUAAACAUUGUUUCUGGUGAAAUGCUUCAUUUUCAAGACAAGGGAAUGUUAUAGUGGAAUGACUAAUGACAUUUUUAUUACAGCAUACAGUAUUAUCAAGCAAUAUAAAAAGUUGUCUACAGUUAUUUUAGUUAAAGCAUCAAUUAACAUUUACAUUUUAGUCAUUUAGCAGACGCUCAUAUCCAGAGAGACUUGCUUUUUACCUUCAAUUUCCUGUCACACACCAUACCAGUCUCUGUUUUGCUUACAUGUGUGAGAACAUUGAUUUUCUACAUUCUGUAGUAAAAAAUAUAGGAAGUGAAGGCCCAGUGCAAUCAAAAGGAGUUUUUCCUGUGUUUUGUAUCACAUUAUACAACACUUGAUGAAACUAACACAACGUGUGAAACAAUUUGAUCAGCCAUCACCAGGGUGUAAAUUAGUUAUUAGAUCAAUAAGAAAAGUUCAAAACCUCUGCCAAUAACAGCUAGUUAUUCAUUUUUCUCUCCCCACUCAUGCCACUCAUAGACAGUCCUAGCAAAAUUCUUGCUUGAGAUAUUGCUUUCUUGCUAAGAAGCUAUUUUUGUUACUUGUCUGUUUUUGAACAUUACAAACCAUCUACUUGGUACUAUCCAAAUAAAGUUUUCCCGAAAUAAUA